GAUGCUCCACAUACUAACCUUGUUUUCCUUCUCUUUUUACUCCUUCAUACCAUUUCCAACACGACCGCACAACGAACUCCAUCAAUGAUGCCUAUCAAAGCAACUGCAAAAAUGGGUUCAAGAAUGCAAACCCUUCCUCCAAAUCUCAUCCCACAACCCACAAAGUUCCAAACCCAACCCUUUCCCUCCAAUCCCGCCGUGGCCCAUCUCGUGAAACCCAGUUCCAACCCACCCAGAACCCUCAGAAUAUCGUGCAGCAAAGAGAAAGAAGGCCUCACUGAUGAAUUGCUGGCAGUGGAAUUGGGCAUAGAAAUCAAGAAAUUGAACUCCCACGCAGUUCAAAGAGAUGAGGCGUUGAAGAGGAGCAGAGAGCUCCUAUUCACAGAGGUCUGCAAAUUCAUGGGACUGAAAUCAGACGAUUUGAGGAAGAAAUGGAAGAGAAUGAAUGAAGAGGAAAGAUGGGCUUUGGCAAAAGGGUUUGUUACAGAGUGGAGUGCCCAUUUUCAUCCAUUAUCUGCACGCUCUGUUAAGGAACUGGUGGAAGAACACUUGUGCAAAAGCAAUGAGUUUUCUGAUUCUGCUCCUAGUAAUUUGUUUCCAGACCUGAGAAAAUUGUUGGGAUUUCCUCGAAAUAGUGAAGGAUGAAGAAUUUCAUCUUCUUUUUAUUCCUUUCUCAAAUUUUCAUUUCUUUUCAAGGUUCUGGUUUUGUAUUGCUGAUACAUGUCAUGGGGUCAGACCAUUGUUUCUGAUUGAAAUGAUACCAAUUCAGAUUAUAUGCUCAUAUUUCUUUGAUUUGUUAUUAUGUU